GAUUUAAAAACUAAUUGUCAAAUUUGUCAAACUUAAAACUAUGUUAUGGUAAAUGUUGACUUAUAGAAAAACAAUAAUUUUCAACGUAAAAUCAAUUUAGAAUUAAAUAAUAAGAAUGACGAGUCGUGUAAAAUCGGGUACCACUAGAGUAGAAGUAGAAAUAGAAAAAAAUCGUGAAGAAUCCAAUUGGUUGAGAGUUAUCGAAUUAGCAGAACAAUUAAAGGAAAAAUCUCCAGAUUGUGUGUGUUUGGCUGAUUUUUUAAUUGGUGAGGGUAAACUAGAGAAUUUUUUCGAAGAAUGGCCACCAAUAGAUGCGAAUAUCAAUAGAGCAAAAUUAGGUCUAAUAGACGCCAAACGUUACCUAAACAUGGUCGUAACAGAAGAAGGCAUUAAGGCAGGAGUGGCAAUGGAUGCACAUUUGCUCUUAGGAAAGUUGCAGUAUGCUUGCGGCCAGUACACAGAAGGUUUAAAACAUUUCAAAUUAGCCGAUUUACAAAAUUUAACAGAAAAAAAACUCCCACUUCGUAGUUUGAAAAUAGUAGCUGAAUCAUACGCAGUUAAAGCUUUGUGUCUUCAAAAAGAUGACGCUGCAGCUAGUAAAUUCAAAAAAGCCGAAAAACAAGAAGAGAUGUCUAAAUGUUUAGAUUUAGCCACUGACUUGAGUCUUCUUUAUAUGCAAAAAUUGGAAAAAGAACUAAAUUCCACAUUACCUACUUUCAGUACUGGAAGUCAUUCCCCACAGCCACCAGCUCAACAAAAACCACUUGGAGACAUCUUGGAACAAGCGAUUCAAUUAACACCUGUAUUUCUUUUACAAAAAAACAAGCCUGAGUUAGCUUUAGAAAGAUACAGAAACACCCUUUGUGCUAUAGAAGCCCACGGUGUCAAUAAUAUUAGACUGAAAUUCAUGUGUCAAAUGGCUGAAUUGAUACUACAAGGUAUGUUAGGAGAAAAAUACAAAGCCCCUUUGAAUUCUGUACCAAAAAAUUCAAUAUGGAAACCGAAAUACUAUGCUUCAUUGAAUCAAUUUAUUCCUAGAAAUGAAUGCGAAGAGACAAUAUUAUUGCUAUUGGUAGCGGAAUCUAUGGCUGUGAGGAACGCUGUAUUAUCUCAGUCCCCAGAAUUCAAGGAAAUCAGAGUCAGUGCUUACCAGGAUGCUGUUACCGUUUAUGAUUUAUUAGCGGUAGCUACGGUGCGUUGGGGUCAAACUGCUCUGCUACAAGAGUCUUUGGAACGUUCGAUGAAGUUUUCGUUCGAAGAGGCUCACAUGUGGAAGCAAUACGCCUUGAGUCUUCUAUCUAUCAACAGAUACGAACAAGCUUUCGUUGUUUUAAAAGAAGUUAUACGUCUAGAACCCAACGAACCCAGCAACUGUCUGUUAAUAGCCAAAUUAUGUUACGAACACCUCGGUUUACCCGCUGAAGGUACCGAUUUUAGUGUACGAGCGCGAGAGAUGGCGUUAGUAGCGUACGGCGGGCUUCUAGGUAGAUGUCACUUAUACAUAGGUAUCGGUUAUCAUCUCCAAGCGGAAAUAAGUGCGUUACGGAAAGAGAAGGAUAGAUUCCGACAUGAUGCCUUGAAUAACUUUCGAAGCGCCGUGGAAUUGGAACCGAAUGAUUAUUUAUCUCGAUAUUAUCUGGGGCUUCAGUUGGCUGUGAUUGGUGAUAUUCCGGAAGCUCAACAGCACGUUCGUGUCAGUUUGGACCUACAUCCGGAUCAUUCGACAUCAGUGCAUCUUUUAGUUUUGUUAUUAACGGCGCAGAGGCAACAUACAAAUGCCCUUUUGGUCGUGGAAAACGCUUUGGAGGAAUAUCCGGAUAGUUUGAAUCUCAUGUACGUCAAAGCGUAUUUAGAUUUGCACGAGUUUGGGGGUGAGAAAGCGUUACUAACUGCCAAACAGAUGCUUGAAUUAUGGAAAAAUUUAUACGAAGGCCAAGCAAUUUCAGAUAUGCCAGAAUGCGACAGGAAAAGCGAUACCAGAUCAGUCUUCCAACUAUACACUUCUGAAAUGUCAGAUAAAGACUCAAGUUCUUUACAUUUACACAACAUGGCCGCUUCGCGCGUAGAACAGGCCCUAAGCGAGGUAGCCAGCUCUGUAAGUAGCUUCAACCCUAGACCUGGGCCGCAAAGGGCUUGGAUGUUGCAAGUAGAAAUAUGGUUACUACUAGCCGAGCUCUAUCUAGCCCUAGACCAACCGACCGAUGUACAAAUGUGCUUGCACGAAGCUAUGCAAAUAUACCCUUUGAGUCAUCACAUAAUGCAUAUGAAAGGUUUACUCCACAUGCACAAACAGCAAUGGACGGACGCCAAAAUGUGCUUCCAAAACGCCGUAGCCAUCAAUCCCCUUCACGUCAAAUCCUUACAACAAUUAGGGCUCGUUUACCAUUAUUUGGAUUUUCAGGGGUUAGCGGAAACAACUUUGAGGGAGGCUGCCAAAAUCGAACCGAAAAAUCACAUCACUUGGUAUAAUUUGGGGAAAGUUCUGGAAGCGUUAGGGGAAUUUGAGAAUGCGAGUAACGCCAUGGCUACUGCCCUUCUAGAAGAACAAAAUAGUCCUAUUCUUCCUUUUAGCUCGGUUCCUUUAUGUUUCGAAUAAAAAAUUUUUUUCUUUUCCAAAUUAACGAUUUCGUAGAUAUCGGGGUGACAGGUGACAGAUUAUAGUUGUCAAAUUAACCAUUUAAUAAUCAUAACAUUAAAUCGUCAAGGAUUUAUAGUACUUCUACCGAAAAUAAACAAAAAUCUUCUUCUUUUUUCGUAUUCCAACAUCGUAUUAAACAUUUUAAAUCUAUUAUUCUAUGAAAUACUUUGUUACGUUUGUCUAUGAACUUUUAUGCGGUGAUAUAUUGUUAUUUUUUGUAUAUUAUUAUCAUUUUUUACUAGUUCUAAGGAGAUUUAAUAUUGUUGGACAAGUAAACGAGUUUAUUGGA